GCUUCUUCUCUUCUCGACAGAAGACGAACGCGGCGACGAACGAACGCAGGCCAGUUCUGUUUGCAGCGGAGUGAAGCGGAGCGGAGCCGAGACGGGCACGAUGCGGAAGUGGGCGCUCUCCUGCGCGCUGCUCCUCGUCCUCCUCCUCACCACCCUCCCCGAUCCAGCUAAGAGGCUCCAGGUCAAUGCCGAGGAGAGCAGCGACGAGCUGGCCGACCUGCCCAAGGUAGAGGAGAAGCUCGGGGCCGUCCCCCAUGGCCUGUCCACCGACUCCGAGGUCGUCCAGAGGGAGUCCGAGUCCAUCUCGAGGAAGACCCUCAGGAACUCGGCCGAGAAGUUUGAGUUCCAGGCCGAGGUGUCCAGGCUCAUGGACAUCAUCAUCAACUCGCUCUACAGCAACAAGGACAUCUUCCUCAGGGAGCUCAUUUCCAAUGCGUCUGAUGCUUUGGAUAAGAUUAGGUUCCUUGCCCUCACUGAUAAGGAUGUCCUGGGCGAAGGUGAUGCUGCUAAGCUUGAAAUCCAGAUUAAGUUGGACAAGGAAAACAAGAUCCUCUCCAUUCGGGAUAGGGGUGUUGGUAUGACCAAGGAAGAUCUGAUUAAGAACCUUGGAACCAUUGCGAAAUCUGGAACUUCAGCUUUUGUCGAAAAGAUGCAGACUGGAGGUGACCUCAAUCUCAUUGGGCAGUUUGGUGUUGGCUUCUACUCAGUAUACUUGGUUGCUGACUAUGUUGAAGUUGUCAGCAAGCACAAUGAUGACAAACAAUAUGUGUGGGAGUCCAAGGCUGAUGGAUCAUUUGCUAUCUCGGAGGAUACAUGGAAUGAACCCUUGGGCCGUGGAACCGAGAUCAAACUGCAUCUCCGCGAUGAGGCUAAGGAGUACCUGGAGGAAGGCAAGCUAAAGGACUUGGUGAAGAAGUACUCUGAGUUCAUCAAUUUCCCCAUUUACUUGUGGGCAACCAAGGAGGUUGAUGUUGAAGUGCCAGCUGAUGAGGAGGAAUCAACUGAGGAAGAGGAUACUACCACAGAGACCCCGGAGGAAGAAGAGACAGAAGAUGGCGAAGAGAAAAAGCCCAAGACGAAGACAGUAAAGGAAACUACCACUGAAUGGGAGCUUCUGAACGAUAUGAAGGCUGUAUGGCUUCGUAACCCCAAGGAAGUUACUGAAGAAGAGUACGCGAAGUUUUACCACUCACUAGCUAAGGACUUUGGGGAUGACAAGCCUAUGUCUUGGAGUCACUUCAGUGCCGAGGGAGAUGUUGAGUUCAAAGCUUUGCUCUUUGUUCCCCCGAAGGCUCCACAUGAUCUCUACGAGAGUUACUACAAUGCUAACAAAUCAAACCUCAAGUUGUUUGUUAGAAGAGUUUUCAUCUCUGAUGAAUUUGAUGAUCUCCUUCCAAAGUACCUCAGCUUCUUGAUGGGUAUUGUCGACUCAGACACGCUACCUCUCAAUGUAUCACGCGAAAUGCUUCAACAACAUAGCAGUCUCAAGACCAUCAAGAAGAAACUGAUCCGCAAGGCUCUUGACAUGAUUAGGAAACUUGCUGAGGAAGAUCCCGAGGAGUACAGCAACAAAGAAAAGACAGAUGAAGAAAAAAGUGCAAUGGAGAAGAAGAAGGGACAGUAUGCCAAGUUCUGGAAUGAGUUUGGCAAAUCAAUCAAGCUGGGGAUCAUUGAAGAUGCAACAAACAGGAACCGUCUUGCAAAGCUUCUGAGAUUUGAGAGUUCCAAGUCAGAUGGCAAACUUGUCUCUCUUGAUGAGUAUAUUUCAAGGAUGAAGUCAGGGCAAAAGGAUAUCUUUUACCUUACGGGAAGCAGCAAGGAGCAGCUAGAGAAAUCUCCAUUCCUUGAGCAGCUAACCAAGAAAAACUACGAGGUUAUCUACUUCACCGACCCUGUCGACGAGUACCUGAUGCAGUACCUCAUGGACUACGAGGACAAGAAGUUCCAGAACGUGUCCAAGGAGGGCCUAAAGCUGGGCAAGGACUCGAAGCUCAAGGACCUCAAGGAGUCCUUCAAGGUGCUGACGGACUGGUGGAAGAAGGCCCUAGACACGGAGGGCAUCGACUCGGUGAAGAUCAGCAACCGGCUACACAACACCCCCUGCGUGGUUGUGACCUCCAAGUACGGGUGGAGCUCCAACAUGGAGAAGAUCAUGCAGGCGCAGACCCUUUCAGACGCGAGCAAGCAGGCCUACAUGCGUGGCAAGCGUGUCCUGGAGAUCAACCCCAAGCACCCCAUCAUCAAGGAGCUCCGUGACAAGGUUGCCCAGGACAGCGAGGACGUGGGCCUCAAGCAGACGGUGAGGCUGGUGUACCAGACGGCGCUGAUGGAGAGUGGGUUCAAUCUCCCCGACCCCAAGGACUUCGCGUCCAGCAUCUACCGGUCUGUGCAGAAGAGCCUGGACCUGAGCCCUGAUGCUGCUGUUGAGGAGGAAGAGGAGGUGGAGGAGCCUGAGGUGGAAGAGAAGGAGGCGACCAAGGCCGCUGAGGAUGAGCCGGAGUACGAGCAGUACGACAAGGACGAGCUGUAGUUCCUCUUGUAGCUUGUACCCUGCUGUUGUUUGGUCAUAGGUGCAGAAGGUGACUGCUGGAAAUGUGAUGGUUUUGGUGGACGUCCAUUUUUCCAUGAUACGGGUUUUGUCAAUGUACCUACCUAGCUUAAUGAUACUCUAGCUAGCUCAAAAUUAGCAGCUUGCCGUUGUUUCAGAA